CCACCCCCCGCCCGCCCGCCCACCGACUCACACAGAGAGAGUGAGAGAGAGAGAGGGCGUCAAGUGAGGCGAAUCGCGGCGGCUCCUCCUCACUCGCUGAGCGCCAGAGUCACCGUGAGGCUCACUCGGACAGCAGAGUGCGAGAGCGAUCGACUCCCUCCCCCCCUCUUCCCAUCGCCAUGGACAAGAACGAGCUGGUGCAGAAGGCCAAGCUGGCCGAGCAGGCCGAGCGCUACGACGACAUGGCGACCUCGAUGAAAGCGGUGACCGAGCAAGGCCUGGAGCUCUCCAACGAGGAGCGUAACCUGCUCUCGGUCGCCUACAAGAACGUGGUGGGGGCGCGGCGCUCGUCCUGGAGGGUCAUCUCCAGCAUCGAGCAGAAGACGGAGGGCAACGAGAAAAAGCAGCAGAUGGCCCGGGAAUACCGGGAGAAGAUCGAGGCCGAGCUGCGGGACAUCUGCAAUGAUGUGCUGGGUCUUCUUGAGAAAUACUUGAUUGCCAAUGCUAGUUCUUCAGAGAGCAGAGUUUUCUACUUGAAAAUGAAGGGGGAUUACUAUCGCUAUUUAGCUGAAGUGGCUUCUGGGGAUAACAAGAAAGCCACAGUGCAGAAUUCGCAGAAAGCCUACCAAGAAGCAUUUGACAUCAGUAAAAAAGAGAUGCAACCAACACACCCUAUCCGCCUUGGAUUGGCCCUUAAUUUCUCAGUAUUUUAUUAUGAAAUUCUUAAUUCACCAGAACAAGCUUGUGCUCUUGCAAAAUCUGCAUUUGAUGAAGCAAUUGCAGAGCUUGAUACACUGAAUGAAGAUUCCUACAAAGACAGCACAUUAAUAAUGCAGUUAUUGCGAGAUAAUUUGACAUUGUGGACUUCAGACAACCAGGGGGAAGAAGCUGAUGCUGGUGAGGGAGGAGAGAACUAAUCUUCCGCCUUCUAGUUCUGUCUGCCUCAUUCCUGAAUCUUUGCCAUCAAGACUAUUUGUAAUCUCUGCUGUCCCACUAGUUUCUAUUUUAGGUCUUUGGAGAGCUUCUGUCACUUUUGUUGGGUCUCUGUGUUUCCCAUGUGGUUUGUGUUUGAUAGGGGAGAAGAGCCAAUUCAUAUUGGGAACUCUUGUAUUGUAUGUUUCAGGUGGCCAAUGUAAAUUCAGGGUGUGGAAUUUUUAUACAAGUUUUAAAUGUUUGGUUAGUACUCUGUAGCUGUGGUUUCCACAAAGCUAAUGUCAAAUGUUUCCUGUACUAGCAAAGAAGGAUGCCUUUAACGUAGUGUCUGUAAUGGGGAAAUGGCAGAUUCAGUGCGAGUCGUGCGAUUUCUAGAGAGUUGCUAAUCUGUAGAUCAAACCUGCACCAUCUAUUACAUGUCUCAGGAUUUUUGGAAUAGGGCAGAGGAGGAUUAACAUUCCAUGAGUUGCGAGAUUCACCAUUGCUCAUGUCUUCAUUUUGCUACACAUGACAUCUGAACAUUUUAUUUGUAUUUAAAAAAAAAUUAUUGUCAACGUAAGAACAAAUGUACAAGCAAACAUGCAGUAAAAAUAAACGCUUAACUUUGAUAAUGUACGUUUAAGAGGUAACGGCCUUCCCACGUGUUUAACUGGUAACUUCCUUUUUGUUUUAGUUUUUGCUUUGUGGUCUUGAUUGCCUAACACGCAUGUGGCUGUGAAAUAGUUAACAGGGAAGUAAUGAGAUAUAUUGCUGUAUGGCUAGCUGCAUUCAUGUCUUCUGAACUUUUCAUAAGAUAAGAACACAAGCAUAAUUGUUAUCAAGAAAAUGUGUAAAGUUGAUGUAAGUGGAAUAAAAUGUUUUAUGAAUGGAUUUUUUUAAAUUUCAAUUUGAUUUACUAAAUUAUAUGCUAAUAUUUGUGUCUCCAGUGGAAUGGAAUUCACAAAUAUAGUCUGGAUGUAUGAAGUUUGGAAGCUUUGGAUAAAUGCUCAAACUGCUGCCUCAUAAAUGAAGGAAUAAUUGUUCGGCAUAUUUUCAACCUAGAUUAGUUGUCUGACAAUGUCUUGGCCUAUUCCUGAAACUGUUCAAACCUAAAUGAAUGGAUGGGGAAACUUCCAUUUUAACUGUAAAUAGUACAUUGGCAGUGUUUUCAGUAUUUGCCUGAAAAUUGUUUAGCUGUGCAUAAGUAAAAUGAAAGAUUAUGCAUCAUUUCCAAAACCUAUGACCUGGUUUGCUUUUUGGUAGACAUCUUUACCAGUAGCUUUAUAGUGGUAUUUUUUCCUAGUUCCCUGGUUAAACAAUACCUGUUUUACAAUGGCAACUCCAAUGUACUAUGUUAAUAAAUCAAUUAUCCUUUGAAAAUGAUAGCAUUAGAUUUUUGUUUAAUCUUCAUUAUCAAAAUUAAUACAACCCAUGCAGAAAUGUCUGGCAGAAUAAGUGAAUGGACCAUAAGGGAUCAAAAGACCAAAAAUGAGAGAAUAAUACUAAAUUGAGAGGAGGCAGUGAAGAAGGAACCAGCUACAGCAAAGUGUAACUGUUCACCGCUGGUGUCAAACCAAGUUUGAAUUUUUUGACGGCAAAAUCUGUACUGUCUUGUCAUUUGAGGUAAAGAAUAAAUGUACCAAAAACAAAAUUAAAUAUCUGGAAUAGUAUGACGAACAGAAA